AUGGACUUGAAAAAAAGAUCAAUAUACUAUUUAGAUCAAGAUGAUGAAGAGGAAGAUGAAUGGGAAAGAGAAGCCUCUUCUUCUUCUACUCAAAAAUCGCGUUCUAUAAAACCUUUACCCCCGAAUCCUUAUGCAGCUCAAAUAGAUAUAUUAGAUAAACAAUACGAAUUGAUAAAUACAAAUUAUCAAGAUUUAUCAGAUCAACUUGAACAGUUACAAGCUAGCUUAGACUAUUUCGAGAAAGAAGAAGCCUCACAAAAGACAAAUACAGAUAAGGCACAACAAAAGUACAUGAAAGUGAUAGAAGAUACCAUCUCCCUUACUCUAUCCACCACAAAAGAUGUUACUGCUUUAUUGAAUUCAGAUACACCUCUUUGGAAGAAAGAUACUGAGCUAUCCAACAAACUAAAAUCAAAACUAGCUUAUUGGCAAAAUUUGUUUGAAGAACAAGAUCAAAAAAAUACACACUAUGCAUUAGUCAAGGACUACAAAUCAACCCAAUUUGAUCUCAUUGAUUUGAAUGCUCAAAUACUCGGCUAUGAAGCUCGUAUUCAACAACUCAAUACAGAAAGGUCCAAGUUAAAUGGGCUGCCAAAAAUGUUGCCUAUCUUAAUAUCAGAAACAGAGAAUUACAUGAAAGAAAUGCAACAAGUGUCUAAAGAAAUGAGUGCAUUUGAAAAAAAUAUGAUUCAGCCUUGUUUGACUAGAUUAGCAGAAAUACAGGUUGUUUACCCCUCACAGAAGAAGGAAUUAGACAAAGAGCUUGAAAAGAUGGAGGCACUGGUGAAUGAUUUGGAAGCCAUGUAUAAAAUCUUGAUUAAACAGCGUGCUUUUCAACAAUUGAUCACUUAUAUCUCUGACAGCAGUGUAGCCAAAGAAAAAGAGUUGAAGACGGUCACUGAAGAAUUCGAGGCUGAAGCAACUCAACCUACUGUAGUUCAAGAAGACGAAUCUAUACAAGAAAUCAAACAGUUGCUAGACGUACAUUUCAAAGAGAAUAAUGGCGAUACUAUUCUAGAUCAAAUACAAACACUCAAACAGCAACAUUUAGAAUUAAAAAACAAAUGGCAAGACAAUGUUCGAUCCUAUAUGGACGCUGCUAGUGAAUUAAACAAUCUAAAGCAAAGGCUAUCUCAAAACCUGUUUACACAUUCAACUUCCACAAAUGAUUUGAUUAUGACACCAAAACCAUAUACAAAUCUACAAAAUGAACUUGAAUUCCAUACACAUGAACUAAAAUUGGCCAUAAUAGAACUUGAAAAGGUAGGUUUAGACCAUAAAAGAUAG